CCCCGCCGCCACGUGUUCCGUGGGCCCGGCCCACCACAUCGCUGCCACCCGUACCCCACCCGAGCAGCCGGCCCCACGCAUCAGCGAGACGUAGCCCGGCGCGAGGGGGCAGAGACAAAGCACAGUGGCAAGGCCGCAAGGCUGCUGCCCGCGUUAGUGCGAGUGUCCCCACCGCGAGUUCGGCUGGAAAGCACUCCCGCCGGUCGCCCAUGGUGGCCACCUCCACCACCUGCCUCCCACGCCUCCCUCCCUCCCUCCUCGUCCUCCUCCUCUCCCCACUGACGACACCCCUUCCCUCACUCUCCCUCUUUACCUUCGCCAUUGCCGGCCACCCCUGUCCACAGCCGUGACAACUGUCGGCCUGUCGCGGCGCCAUGGCGCGCUCCCCUUCCUCUCCGAAGGCCGCCGCCCUGCUCCUCCUCCUGCCGUUCCUCCUCUGCGCGGGCACGGCCACCCUCGCGCAGCCGCUGUCGUCGUCGCAGGCGAAGGCGCUCCUCCGCGUGCGCCGCCUGCUGGGGUACCCGCCGGCGCUCGAGCCGCUGCGGCGCGCGCCGGACCCCUGCGCGCUGCCGCCGGCGCCGUCCCUCGCCGUGGCCUGCGAGGGCGGCCAGGUCACGGCGCUCUCGGUCCGCGGCGACCGCGACCCGGACGCGGCGUGGCGCGCCGCGCUGCCGCCCACCUUCUCCGCCGACGCGCUCUUCACCACGCUCGCCAGGCUCCCCGCGCUCGCGCGGCUCUCGCUCGUCGGGCUCGGCGCCUGGGGCCCGCUCCCGGGCGCCAAGCUCCGCCGCCUCCAGGCGCUGCAGCAGCUCAACCUCAGCUCCAACUACUUCUACGGCGCCGUCCCGGGCGACCUCGCACGGCUGUACUCGCUGCAGAGCCUCGUCCUGUCGCGGAACCGGCUCAACGGCUCCGUGCCGUCCCUCGCCAGGCUCCAGUUCCUCGAGGAGCUCGACCUCUCGCACAACCGGCUCGGGCCGGCGUUCCCGGAGGUGGGAAAGGCGGUGGCGCGGCUGGUCCUGGCCGACAACAACUUCACCGGGAAGAUUCCGGCGGGGGUGAGCGCCCUGGGCCAGCUCCAGUACCUCGACGUGUCCGGGAACCGGCUGCAGGGGUGGAUCCCCUCCUCCAUCUUCGCGCUCCCGGCGCUGCGGUACAUCAACCUCUCCCGCAACCGGCUGGCGGGGCAGCUUCCGGCGACCACGGCGUGCGCGGACGCGCUGGCGUUCGUGGAUGUCUCGGCGAACCUGCUCACCGGGGCGCGCCCGGCUUGCAUGCGGGGCAACUCCUCGGCGCGCACGGUGCUCGUCGCAGGCAACUGCUUCGCCGACGCCAAGCAGCAGCGGGCCAGCACGUACUGCAGCCCCGGCGCGCUGGCCGCCGUGCUGCCGCCGCCGCAGGGGAACGGUGGCGGAGGGCAGGGGAGGGGGAAGGGCGGCGAGAUCGGGAUGAUCCUUGCGAUUGCCGGCAGCGUCGUCGGUGGCGCAUUGCUGAUUGCGCUGGUGAUGGUCGUGGUGCUGAGGAGGGCCAGGAUGCAGCACCCGGAGGUGAGCGUCCUGCCUAAGUCGCCGGCGGCGACGCCGGCCAAGAAGGUGGAUGGAUGGAAGGCUCCGGCUAAGGCGACCCAGAAGAUUAUUACUCCUGCUGAUAAGAGGCAUGCAUCGCAAGCUGCUAGGGUGAAUACACUGGAAGUGCCAGCAUACCGUGUGUAUACGCUGGAGGAGGUCAAAGAAGCAACCGACAACUUCAGUUCCUCCAACCUGAUCAAGACUAGUCCUCAUGCACAGCAUUAUAAUGGUCAGCUUCAAGAUGGUUCAAGAGUCUUGGUUAGAUGCCUGAGGCUGAAGCCAAAGUACUCUCCCCAGAACCUUGUCCAAUACAUGGAGAUUAUUUCUAAACUCCGGCACCGUCAUUUGGUCUGCAUCAUUGGUCAUUGCAUUCUCAGUGACCAGGAGAAUCCUAAUAUUGCCAGCUCAGUAUACCUCAUUUCUGAAAGUGUAACAAAUGGAUCUCUAAGAAGUCAUCUUACUGAGUGGAGAAAACGUGAAAUGCUGAAAUGGCCACAACGAGUUUCUGCUGCCAUUGGUGUUGCGAGAGGGAUCCAGUUUUUGCACAAUGUGACUGCUCCAGGCAUCGUAAAUAAUGAUCUCAACAUAGAAAAUAUCCUGUUGGACAAGACCCUCACAUCGAAAAUCAAUGACUUUAAUCUUCCAGUGAUAUCAACUAGCAAGAAUGGCAAGAUCUUCUCAGAGAUCCCAUUUGAUGUCCAGGUAGAUAAUGAUAUUGGCAGUGCUCAUAAUAUGGAACAAGGGGACAAGCAAGACAUCUACCAGUUCGGCUUAAUUCUCCUGGAAGUGAUCACAGGCAAACCGACAGAUUCUCAAAGUGAAGUGGAAUCCCUGAAAGCUCAGCUAAGCGAGGCCGUGACUGAAGACCCAGAUAGACUUAAAGACAUGGCAGACCCGGCCAUCCAAGGUACUUUCGCAAUGGAGUCCCUGUGCACGGUCGCCGAGAUUGCUCUCAACUGCACGGGCGGUGAACUGAGCGACCGGCCUUCCGUCGACGACGUCCUCUGGAAUCUGCAGUACUCCAUGCAAGUGCAGGAUGGGUGGGCGAGCAGCGAGAGCUUAGGCUUGAGCGUCAAAUCACAGGCCUGAAGAGAAGAGAAAUUGAGAAGGGUGCAAUGCUUUUGCUUCGAUCCACUGAUAGCAAUGAAGUUAUAUGCGCCAUCAAUCUGCCUCUGGUUUUUGUCGUGGAAGAGAGAUCCUUGGUGUUCUCUAUAUGUAUAUAAGUGGAUUUUUUUCCAGGUAUCUUUUUCAGUUAGCUGUAAAACUCGGGCUCUAUUUAAUCAUGGAUGCCAUGAGUAUGUGUUCAUCAAGUGAACAGAUAUGUUCUAGCUUGAUGCAUCACAAGCAGUUAAUUUGAGAACUGCUAAAAAGUUUUAGAAAGGGGGCUGGGUGCUAAAGGGUGCCGAUGCGGUGAGCAUUGUGCCUGCCCACCUGUCUUGGGUGAAUGCUAGAACUGCUCCUGUUUCCUCUUUUAAUAUAUCCAGUAGGGAAAACCCCUUCUGUUGCCU